GCGGCUGGUACGCGCGGAUGGCGGCGGCUGCGGUGAUGACGGCGGCCGGCUGCGGAGGGGCUGGGGCGGCUCGCUCCCUCUCCCGCUUCCGCGGCUGCCUGGCGGGCGCGCUGCUCGGGGACUGCGUGGGCGCCGUGUAUGAGGCGCGCGACACCGUCGACCUGACGUCAGUCCUGCGUCGGGUCCAGGACCUGGAGCCGGACCCCGGCUCGCCGGGGAGCGCGCGGACAGAAGCACUGUGCUACACAGACGACACAGCCAUGGCCAGGGCGCUGGUGCAGUCCCUGCUGGCCAAGGAGGCCUUCGACGAGAUGGACAUGGCGCACAGGUUUGCUCAGGAGUACAAGAAGGACCCUGACCGGGGUUAUGGUGCUGGAGUGAUCACCGUCUUCAGGAAGCUCCUGAGCCCCAAGUGCCGUGAUGUCUUCGAGCCUGCCCGGGCCCAGUUUAAUGGCAAAGGCUCCUACGGCAACGGGGGCGCCAUGCGGGUGGCCGGCAUCUCCCUGGCCUAUAGCAGUGUCCAGGAUGUGCAGAAGUUUGCCCGGCUCUCGGCCCAGCUGACACACGCCUCCUCCCUGGGUUACAACGGUGCCAUCCUGCAGGCCCUGGCUGUGCACCUGGCUUUGCAGGGUGAGUCGUCCAGUGAGCACUUCCUUGAACAACUCCUGGGCCACAUGGAGGAGCUGGAGAGUGAUGCCCAGUCUGUGUCAGAUGCCCGGGAGUUGGGCAUGGAGGAGCGUCCGUACUCCAGCCGACUGAAGAAGAUUGGGGAGCUUCUAGAGCAGGACUCAGUGACCAGAGAGGAGGUGGUGUCCGAGCUAGGGAAUGGCAUUGCUGCCUUUGAAUCUGUGCCCACCGCCAUCUACUGCUUCCUGCGCUGCAUGGAGCCCGACCCCGAGAUCCCCUCUGCCUUCAACAGCCUCCAGAGGACUCUCAUCUAUUCCAUCUCACUUGGUGGGGACACAGACACCAUUGCCACCAUGGCCGGGGCCAUUGCUGGCGCCUACUAUGGCAUGGAACAGGUGCCAGAGAGCUGGCAGCAAAGCUGUGAGGGCUAUGAGGAGACUGACGUCCUGGCCCAGAGCCUGCACCGGGUCUUCCAGAAGAAUCUGUGAGGGCCACAGCUCCGCCAUACCCAGCAGGACCCAACUACAGCUCGGACUGGAAACCCUGGGCUCCCUUAAGCUUGGCUCCCUGCCUCGGCCUUCCUGCGGUGUAGCCGGAGUGCACCCUUGGGGCUGGGGACUCCUCUGGGGAGGUCACUGAACAGUGAGGGAGGGACGGGUGCCUUCUGGUGCUGGGUUCCUGGCUUCUGCAGAGCCUCGGUGCUCCUGGCUCCUCAGUCAGACAUAAGGGACCGGGGCAGGUUUUAUUUUGGAGCAGUACUUGUGGUGUUUUCCUUUAUUAUCUAGGACAUGGGAUUUGGGGAGGUGGAAAUGAUCUGCGGCAUCGUUUCUCCUUGUUGGGAUUUAACCAGUUUGCCAGGAUGCCUGCCUUUGACUGCACAGGGCCCCAAGCGCCAAGUUUAUAUGGAUCAGGAGGUGGACACGUGAAUCUAGCUGAUCUAGAUGCACACCUGGCCCUUGGCUGUCAUGGGUCUUGUUAACAGCUUCCCGACGAAGUUACAGAGCAAUAAACAGUUCUUUAAAUCCCA